GGAACCGCCAGUGACGAUAACUCUUCUCGCCAGUCCACCGUAGCUCCUCUAACACCUCUCUCGGUACUGGCCCUGCCACCUGCUUUCAGCGGAGUUGGCAGACCUUCACUAAAUCAUCAUUUGAAUCAACCACAGAAAGAAGCUCAUGGCCGCUAUGAAUGUCCUCCGUCACCGAGCCUGUCAUCAUCGUCCUCUGAAGAUCUUUCGGAGUCGAACAACGGCGCCGCGUCGGCCUCAUCCAGUGAGGCCAGCGGCAGCGAAGGCGGUGAAGAGGACGAUGAAGACAGUUCUUCGCAAACGGAGUGCGAGGAUGAAAGGACGCAUCAGCUGAGCAAACUGACCCGAUGGGGCUUGAGCCCACCGGUCUGGAGCAAGGAUUCUCAAUGGUCUCAAGUCGCGACCUUCAACGAGUUCACCGCUAUUCUGGCUCAGCUGCAGGACAUUCUGACGGAGCAGCUGCAGAAAGACAACUACAACACUUUCGGCAACCUACUGCACUUCUACAACGAGUUCAGAGCCAGCGGAGUUCCGAACGUCGAGAGCUUCUAUCGAAACUACGAAGCCCCGAUCGUCAGCAAUGGUCUGUCGUGCGUCGGCCUGUCCUUCCGUAUACGAGAUGCUAUCGUAGAACGUCUUCCUACGCUAAGACGUGCGGUGGUUCUCGCCUCAUGUGAAGAAUGGGUUGAAGAACUCGAUGAAUACGUGGAACAGCCCGAUCCUGGCAUAGAUACGGUAAAAGAGCACGUGAUGCUCGCAGUCCGCAUUCUAUGCCAAGAAACAAAUCAGAAGGCCCUGGUCAUUCUGGACAGCGGCUAUCACGUUCCGAAGACCAUUGUGGUGACAUCAGAUGGAUUGGAGCCUCACACCGGGAGAUUCGUUCAGAGCGAUACGCAGAAAUCUCGUAAAGAAUACGAGUUCCGUUGGAAAAACGACAACUACAUCCAAUGGGUCAUAAGCGAAACUCGCAAAGGGCACACCAGUACAUGGAACAACCUCAUAUACACCGGGGGAAACUACGGAUCUUCGCAGGGAUACUCGGAGAAACGGAAUUUGAUCUACGAUUUCCGUACCGUGGUAGCGCGUGAUGCCGGAGGUCCUUGUGCAGGCGUUUACGUCAAGUUCAACGAACCUAAUUGGAGUGCCAGCUAUACUCUUUUCUACAAAGACCUGAACGGACACCGAAUCGAAGCUAAAGUACCAGUGCACUCUGUUCUCCAAGGUGCUCACAUCCAAUGCGCCGGCGAGAUCGCCAAGAGACUCCGGAUCUCUGAUGAUAAAUUUCUCAUUCUGCUGGAGGACAUGGCUCGUAUGUACGAGGACCGUCCUUUCAUUCGAGAUCUGCUGUUCUUGAACUACGCCGUCGAUCCCUUCGACCAGGCGAAACCUCUGAUUGAUUAGAUGGAGUUUUCUCUUCUUUGCGAUUGCUUUGACAUUCUCUAUAUAAUCGAUCGCCGGAAUCGUGGAAGAACAGAUGCGAAGUGUAAGGCGAUCGUCACCGGCCGUACGAUCCGACAUCAUAUCUCAUCAUCAUGGUCUCGGACAUGAUUCUUCCUGUUUUCACCUGUGAAUUUGUUGGGGACGAACUCUCCUAAGAGUUCACGGGAUAUUUGCAGCUUCGCUAGACUUCAUUGCUUCGAGUUCGCAUUGCUGAGUUAGAUUGCCCAAAAGCACGAAUAAAACUUGUUUAUUUGGAAAAUCAAAGA